AUGGAAUCUCACAGCAUACCGCCUCUUUAAUUGAGUUCACCUAAUCACUCUCGCAGGCAGCCGUUGCAAAAUGUCGUUGUCCACAUUGAAGCCAGUUUCCUGCUGCAUCCCUCCGGCCGCCGGGGCAAAUGAUCCGCUCUCCAAAGUGUCUACAAACACAAUGAUCAAUACACGAGCUCAACCUCCUCAGGUGAAGGGAAAGGAAAAAUUACUCUUACGGAAAAGCUUAUCUGCUACAUCUAGACGAGAAAUGAUGCAGUUAACAGCUGCGUCUGUAGGUCUUCUCUCUCUUGUGCUACCGCCAUCUGCUGAAGCUGACACUGGAAAUGCGAUCAUGGAUAUAUUUGGAGAGCUGGGGCGAAAGAUUGGUCUGAUAAAGCCAAAAGAUGAAGGUAAAGAAGAGAAACCAAAAGAUGAGUCUGAAGGCAAGUCAAAGGUACAGAGCGGCAGCACAAAAGAAGCAAAACUGAAACCAAAGGAUGGGAGCGAAGCCAAACCAAAGGCACACGACGGUGGCAAGGAAUCCCAGGCAGAGAUAAAAGAUGGAAAGGAGCAGCCAAGCACACCUCAAGAGUCCAAAGUAGCUCCAAGUGAAGGGCCAGUGAUCCCGGCACUUCCCGGUAUCAUAAAUGGUAAAGCUAUCGAAACUGCUCUCCCAUGAUUCUAUUUCAGAAAUCCUAGAUUUACCAUUGUUGUAUCAGUAGCAUUAUGUGUAUGCUGACAUUUUGUCUCACCACUGGAUCGCCAAUUUCGUCAUAAAGACAUUCUAUUGCUUCUUCUUUGGCAAUCCAUUAAUAAAGACAUUCUGUUUCUUUCU